CCUGGGCGACAAGAGCAAAACUGUGUCUCAAAAAGAAAAAAAGAAUAUUAAUAAUAGCCACUGGGUCUGCCAUGAUCUAACUUUUAAAGACUGUCUGUAUUAUCACAGCAAAUAAUUUUAUUGGAGAAACACUAAUUGAGGUCAAGAUUGUCAUUUUGAAGCACUGAUUAAUGGUGAUAUAUUGGAUACUCAUCAAAUAAACAAAUACAGCGUUGUCUCCUCCCUCCCUCCUUUUUAGGAUCUUUAAAAUUCACAGCAGACAUUAGACAGGGGAAAUUUAUUCAUUAAUUCAAGAAGUAUUUAUUGCAUGCUUACUAUGUAAAAUAGUCAUGCAUAUUCAUUGCAGUGAUGGAAGUAUAUUUUUCUUGAUAGAAAAGGAAUGCUGUUAUGUAGAACACUGAGUCAAGGAGAAAAAUUGCUUUUUCUUCAAGAGUUUUGUGUUAUAGUAGAUUAUUCGGUUUCAGGAAUCGAAGCCCGUCAUAGUGUGUAGUGUGCAUUUUUCUUCUUGCCUGUGUCUUGGUUCUCUACUUACACUUAAAAGUGUCUGUAAUGUGAAUUUGUUUUCUUGAUUUCUGUGCUUGCUUAAUUCUUCAGCAUCUUCACUUCUGAUAUUCAUGUUAGUUAUCUGCUUUAACUCUAAUUCCUUAGGCACUCCAACACCACAUGCAGGCAACGAUUUGACAGUUUCAAAUGUCACUCGUACUUAAGUGGACAUACAGAGUAGUUGGGCGCAGACAUGAAGGGCAGGUGGAAUAAUUGUGUUGCAGAAAUGGUACUGAUGCCAGGGAGUUGCCAGUCAGUGCAAAUUGUAAUUGCUCUGUGCUUUUGAAUGGGAAGGAAUGUUCCCGGUUUCUGUUAGGGUUAGGAAGAGCUGGACUGAAACCACACUGUGGAUAUUUAGGAUGGAAGAAGGGCAUUGGCGCACACAAGUGACAUUUCUUGGAAGUUUCUGAGAUAGUCUGUGGGAAUCACUGAAUUGAUAGGACAGAUGUUUUGCUUUAUAGGGGAAAGAAUUUCAAGAGAUCAAAACCCUCCACUCUCCCCUGUGAAGAAGCCAAAGGGCCCGAGAUAAAAUUGGGCCACAUUGAUGUAGUUUCUUUCUGGCAAAGCCAUGACUACCUGACUUUUACUGUUGCCAGCAGAGAAAGCUGCUUCACAGAGUUGUACAUAAAUGAUUUACUGGACAUCCCCUAGUUAGUCCCGUGCUACUUAGGCUAGGAGAUGAAUCAUUACCUACUGAAUUUUAGGAAAAGGAGCAAAACAAGUACAUCAUUCAGGUCUUCUGCAGGUCAUGCUGUUUUCCAAAUUGACUGUCAUUAACAGCCCGUUUUCCAGAUAUUUUAUUCAUUCAACAAAUGCAUAAUGAAUUUGUGCAAAUGAAUACCUACUCUGCCAAGCUUUCUUCCCCCUUCAAAUGCUAAAAAUAGAGCACUGCUAGAGAUAGUCCCUGCUCUCAUGCAGUUUAUGUUUCCUGUGUUAAUUGGGAAAACAACACUGGGAGGGUCUGAGGGAGAACUAGCAUAUAGAGUAACCAUGUCGCAUAUUGUGAUUGAAAUCUUUAGGGAAGAAAAACUUUACUCAAAGAGUUUUUGAAGAGCCAAUUCUAUGAGGCCAACUACGCUAGCUGCUAGACACGAGGACACCGUGGAAACCUGGUCUCUGCCCCAUCCCAGGGUUGAGCACAGGCGGUUUAUCAGGAGCCUUUUGGAGGCUGGAUGCUCUCAUGGGCCACAGAUUUGUUGUGAGAAUGAAGUGAAGGGGAUGCCUGUGAAGUGCUUGGUUUGAUGCCCAUUGAUGGCCAGGGCUGCAUCAGUGUUCUCUCCUGUCACACGCGUGACAGCAGCCGCGAGGACAAAGGGCAGGCUGAGGCACAGUCAUCACGCCUGGAAGGGUUUCAAACUAAGAAGCAAACAUUCCUGUGUACUUGCACAAAAGGUUCAGUGAAUCAGCACAGUGGAAAUGCAGUGUGUUCCUGUCUCUGCUUCUGAGAGCGAGCUCAGGGCAGAAAUGCUCCAGACGAGGCUGGCUCCAUACUUGUCAGGGCAGCGGAGGAGGUUUGGCGCCGUGGUGAUCAUGUUUUCUGCCUUGGGAGAAACGUUACAGUUUCUCUUUAGAAAGAUGCCCUAUAAGAGGAGGAAUAAACCAAAGGUGUUACUUCAUUCUUGAGGCUAUUGUUAUGUAUUUUUCUUCUCCUGAAGACUUAUAUUGCCUAAGAUUAAAUUGCAGCUAAGUUUAUUGUUGGGGAGGUCUUCUUAAAGAUGGGAGACCCCUCUACCAUGGGAGAGCCUGAGAUAGAAAAUACAGCAAUAUAUGAAAUUAUUUACUGAUAGAAUAUAAAUUUUCAGAGUGGUUAAUUUAAAAAAUGCUGUUCUUGUAUAUAUUUUAAAAUAGUGUUUCACAGACAAUUAUCCAAAAGAUUUGAAACUGCCGGCGCAUAUUAUUGGCAGACAGGGCCUUUUUUUGUUUGUUUGUUUGUAAAACAAAUUGCCUUUCAAAGGACGUUUCCAUGCUUAAUGUGUCGCAGAGACACAAGUUAUUUGGAAAGGUUGGAAGUAGGAUAUAAAGAAGAAAUUAGAUCUUUAAAUCUAUUUUUUAUUACCCUGGGAAAAGUGAAUUUUAGUAGCCAGUAUUUUUUGUUUUCCUUCCCAUCUUAGCUUCUGAAUAUUUUUAUUACCUAAGUAAAUCCUUCACAUUAAAAUUGUUAUAAGGAUUUAUAAGUUGACAUGAAAACACAGACAGACUAUUUGAACAUCUCAAAGCCACGCCUCCUCUAGAUCAGGCGCCUUUAUGAAUGAGAUCGCCUUUGUUUUGCCAUUCUCUACAGCAGACCAAAGAGUGCAUCAAAUGUACAUUAUUUCAGCAUAGAUAAUGAACUUGAAUAUGAGAACUUCUACGCAGAUUUUGGACCACUCAAUCUGGCAAUGGUUUACAGAUAUUGUUGCAAGAUAAAUAAGAAAUUAAAGUCCAUUACAAUGUUAAGGAAGAAAAUUGUUCAUUUUACUGGGUCUGAUCAGAGAAAACAAGCAAAUGCUGCCUUCCUUGUUGGAUGCUACAUGGUUAUAUAUUUGGGGAGAACUCCAGAAGAAGCAUAUAGAAUAUUAAUCUUUGGAGAGACAUCCUAUAUUCCUUUCAGAGAUGCUGCCUAUGGAAGCUGCAAUUUCUACAUUACACUUCUUGACUGUUUUCAUGCAGUAAAGAAGGCAAUGCAGUAUGGCUUCCUUAAUUUCAACUCAUUUAACCUUGAUGAAUAUGAACACUAUGAAAAAGCAGAAAAUGGAGAUUUAAAUUGGAUAAUACCAGACCGAUUUAUUGCCUUCUGUGGACCUCAUUCAAGAGCCAGACUUGAAAGUGGUUACCACCAACAUUCUCCCGAGACUUAUAUUCAAUAUUUUAAGAAUCACAGUGUUACUACCAUUAUUCGUCUGAAUAAAAGAAUGUAUGAUGCCAAACGCUUUACGGAUGCUGGCUUCGAUCACCAUGAUCUUUUCUUUGCGGAUGGCAGCACCCCUACUGAUGCCAUUGUCAAAGAAUUCCUGGAUAUCUGCGAAAAUGCUGAGGGUGCCAUUGCAGUACAUUGUAAAGCUGGCCUUGGUCGCACGGGCACUCUGAUAGCAUGCUACAUCAUGAAGCAUUACAGGAUGACAGCAGCCGAGACCAUUGCAUGGGUCAGGAUCUGCAGACCUGGCUCGGUGAUUGGGCCUCAGCAGCAGUUUUUGGUGAUGAAGCAAACAAGCCUCUGGCUGGAAGGGGACUAUUUUCGUCAGAAGUUAAAGGGGCAGGAGAAUGGACAACACAGGGCAGCCUUCUCCAAACUUCUCUCUGGCGUUGAUGACAUUUCCAUAAAUGGGGUCGAGAAUCAAGACCAGCAAGAACCCGAACCGUACAGUGACGACGACGAAAUCGAUGGAGUGACACAAGGUGAUAGACUUCGGGCCCUGAAAAGCAGAAGACAAUCAAAACCAAACGCUAUUCCUCUCACAGUAAUUCUUCAAUCCAGUGUUCAGAGCUGUAAAACAUCUGAACCUAACAUUUCUGGCAGUGCAGGCAUUACUAAAAGAACCACCAGAUCUGCUUCAAGGAAAAGCAGUGUUAAAAGUCUCUCCAUUUCAAGGACUAAAACAGUCUUGCGUUAAGUAAAAAUCUGUGACCAGAGCUGAAGGAAGACUCUAGGAACUGAAAACUGCAACGGAAAUUAGCACAAUUUGAAAACAAAACAAAAUUGCAAAAGCCUUAGUUGCUUUCCACCUAAGAAGUUGAUCAAUGGAGAAAGUAUCCGCUGGAGUUUCAAUAAUGAACUUUGAGUUUGGGUGCAAGCGAAUGACUCAGAGAAGGGCCCAGCUCUCAAGCUGAACGACAAAAAUGCUGUUGUAAAUUUAGUCUCAGGUGUAAAUACCCAAGCCCUCUGGUUCCCAGGGAGCUGGUUGCUCUGUGGUGCACGUGUGUCUCUGUGAUGGCAAUCAUUGUAGUUGCUGGCCUUCAGAAGAGUUGAGGAUCUGAUGGAGGUUUUUUAUGUAUUUAUUUUCUGUUCACCUUGUGACCCUGUGUCAAAAUUUAUAAAGAUACAAAAGGCAUUACUGAGAUGGUACUUUCUGUAAUUUGAUACUAUUUGGCUUAAUCAUCUUCACCUAUUUGUAAUACUGUUGUAAUGUUAACUCUGUUAAGUACCCAAGCUGCUUGUCUUCCACCAAAGAGUGCUUUAUUAACAAGAAUCUGUGAAAACCACAUUUAAAUACUGUUGCAUGUUGUAAGACCAGGUGGUACCUUGGUAACCUAAAACUUGCAAGAGAAUAUUAAUGGUAGCUUUAGAAGACUCAGGAGGAGAAACUGACUUCAGAGUUGGAAGAUGUUGCAAGUCAUUGCUUUUUCUGUCCUUUAGGGACUGAAGAACUGGGACGUUGCCCAUUGUUUGGUUGCCAGUCAUACAAAUUAAAAUCAUAUUUCCUUCCUUGCAUGGAAGAAACACACUGUCAGUUAUUCCCCUUGGAAACAGCAAUCCCAAAUAAUGUCGGCUUAAAAAAAGUUACCGCUUUUUUAGAGUCCUUCUCUGUAACAUUGGAUUUUUUUUUUUUUUUUUCCUGAUGAGAUCAGCCUAAGGCCAUUGACGCGGCCUGCAAUCUCAGUGACGAUGAUCUGCUUCUGGAUCUCACUGUUGCCUUUGGUUAGGGAACACAACCAGUAACUCUGCAGAGCGCCUUCUCCCCCACCCUACUGGAACACAGCAGAGUCAGCGCCAUGAAGCAGUCACAGAAACAGAAUUGAUUUGCUGCUUAAAAAAAAAAAGUGGGGGGGCAAAAUAAAAGAAUAUUUAGUACUCACCUCAGUUCCUUCCACAAGCAGUGGGUGGUUUAAUGAUUGUUAACCCAUUUUUGCCUGUGCUGGGAGCAUGGAGGGCCGAGAUGUUGACAGCAGUAAGAAGCAAACGCUCUCCUAAGCCACAAGGCGUGCGCCAGGUCUGGUAGGCAACUCCAUUUUACGAAGCUGCCUUUUUCACAAAACUUCAAGAAAUUAAAGCAGUUGGAAGAAACAGUUAAAGUCUUUAAUGCAGAAAGGAAUUGAAAGGCAGUGCCUCCAGUUUGGUGCACUUUCUUGGAAGAAAGUGUGAAAACAACCGGCAUCAGGAGAGACGGAAGAUGCCGUGUUCUCAGCCAAACAAGCGACUCUUUCCCCGCCAGGCACUAUGGGGUGGGGUCAGGCCAGCUUUUAAACACUGGGGACUGGAUCACAGAAAAACAGUGGCUUUCUGUCCCUGGAAAUGAAUAGGCACAAAGACCCACUUGGCUGUGGGAAGACCACUCUUCAAUAAGAUGUGGGUGGGAGGAGGUACAUUCCUUUUGCUGUUUUGAGCUGAGACAAUAUAAAUAUUCAAACUGUGCCAUGCAUAAAGCAUUGAAUUCUCAGGGCACCUCUUCUUCCCCUUACCCUUUUUAAGGCCAUCCGCUCCAUAACUAAUAAUCCAGGUAGUUGUGAAAAUCGCGCUUCCAUCUGAUCCCUUCUUAGUUUGGCUUUUCGUCCCGUCAGAACAAGUAAAUGUAGGCGCCGCAGCUCUUGUAAGUACUGUGUCUCCCUCACAGCGGACACGCCUCCUGGUGUUUCGUCCAAGAAAAGGAAGGGCAUCCGCGGAACCACAGACCUUCGUUUUAUUAACUGCCUCUUCAUGUUGCCUGCUCAGGUUUCCACCUAUAAUUGCUAUCACUGUGGCUCUUUCUAAAAAUCCUUCUAUUUAACUGGUUCACUGAAAUUAGUCAUAGAAAACUUGUGAUUUGGUGAAGAAGCAUUCCUUGUAAUAACCAAAUGACUUGGGAAGGUGUGCAUAGCAACAGUGUUACAUUAUGGGGACUGUCUCUAGAAUCCAGGAAGUGUCGGUCUGAGGGAUGGAAAGUUCUUCCUGCUAUGAAUGAGAGUGGAUGCUUCCCCUCAUCCCCAGCUGAAACCACAAACACCCAGAAUCUUCUGGGGUUCUGACUUAGAGUCCUUGUCACAGAAGACCUUGUUGCUAUGGAACAUGAAACUGUGUCUGUCUGAUGGAGAGAUUCCCUUAAGAGCCUUAAAUAGCCCUGAAAGUACACCGGGACAGUUUGCAAUGGAAUUAAAAUUAGAAGUGCAUAUUUUUAGGUGCCCUUGAAGCUUUCUGGGGACUCAAAAUUAUCAAGAGUCAGGGACGGUCCGGAGGAAGAGCAUCUGCACAACUGGGUUCCUAGAAGUACGGACGGACUUGGCUUUUUAUAGGACUUGGUGGGGAGCAGCGCCUGGCGAGAGCAGAAUGGCCUGGCGUGGCCAGUGCUUCCGGCAGCACGCGGCAGGGCUCUGCUGGCCUCCAGAACUCCCCGUUCUGAGCUUGAUGCCCCUAGCCUGCCCCCUACCUCCUUCCUCCCCUCCCCUCCAGCCCUCUCACAGGGUGAUUGCUACCUCUCUCUUGGGCCUAGGCAAGUUUUAGAGGAGUUCCCAAGCAUUGUCAUGCGGCCAGUGUGCCCACUGGCCCGAUGGCCUGGGCUUCUGCGUGGCCCAAGGGCUGUCCUGAGGCAUUCCCUUUCCCCGUCACCGUCCGAGCCACAGAGGCAGUGCACUCAUUGGAUGUCUGUUCUUAACAUGGCUUCUCUUUCUACAUUAAAAAAAAGAAUCAUUAUUGCAUUCUGGAAAGCAGUGCUCAUCAAAAGCAACUUUUGAAACCUAUUUUAUUGUUCCUUGAAAUGUUCUCUCCCGCUGAAACUGCCCUGGAGAGGCUGCUGCCCUUCCGUUUCCCCACAUCAGGGUAUUCUCCACGUCACUGAGCAGAGAUGACCCCAGAUGUGUUUAAAGACUGGACAAUUCACCUAUACUGUGUAGGAAAUUACCUCCUUAAUUACCUGGUAGAAUUGUCAGCAGACAUGUUCAUCCAAUGAUAGUACUGCAGUUUUCUAUUAAUAAUUUGCAGACUUUUAUCUAACCUGCACUCAUGUACAGAUUAUUAAAAGUUUUAAAAUGUAACUGAUCAGUAGUGAUCAAUCAUUGUCUUGAUUUUUUUUUACAGUGUAUAUUUCUAAUCAUAUUUUUUAAAGCCAAGAGAACUGGUUGAAUGAAUGUUUAUUUUCCUGAAGGUAUUUUUAAGAUAAAGCUUCCUAAUGGCCUGUAAACUUUGCAUAUGUGUGUAGUUUGAUACAUAUUGUCACAUUGGAAAAUCUUGUGAGUUGUAACUGGUUUUAUACAAAAUAUCGAAUAGUGGAAAUUGUAUAAUUACAAUCAUGUAAUUAAAAGUAUUAACCCAA